GUCACGCUCAGGUCAAGUUAUGGACAGCUGUGAAGACAUGCAACCCCACCACUUUGGGCUGAGGCCACAGACAGAAUCAGCACCUUUCACUGUCACAACGGACCACAGCAGCUACAGAAUCGGAGAGGAGGUGAAAGUUCAGCUCCAGGCUCCAGCCUCAACGCCAUUCAUUGGUUUCCUGUUACAGGCUAGAGAGAUUGGGGGUUGGUCUACUGUGGGCUCCUUCACCCUGACAACAGAAGCAGCUCAGCUCCUCCCCUGCAGCCAGAGACGUAACUCCGCUGUAUCCCACACAUCAGAAUCUUCUAAGACCUCCAUUCAGGUGACAUGGAGAUCAGAAGCAUCAGAGGACGCAAAAAACAUUCAGUUCCGUGCAUCCUUCGUGCAGAAUUACAGGACAUUCUGGGUUAAUGUUACAAGCCCCGUGAUAACCUUCAUGAAUGACCGCACUGAUGGAUUCCCAAGUCUCCCCGCUACACCAACAAAAACCAGUUCCUCCACUUCACCAACAAUGAGGACCACAACACAUCAACCUGCAACACUUAUUAAUAUCUCCAGUGCAGAUUGUGGAGUCACCAAAGUGUGUUUCAGUCAGCCUUCAAACUGUGACCCUAACGCCAGCGCUGACUGUUAUUUCAUGUCAGCCAUGAUGUUGUCUCCCCGUGAUCCAGUCUUCCACUAUGAGAUGAAAGGACCUUCCGAUGGAUACAUCUCUUUUGGAUUCUCAGAUGAUCAGAUGAUGGGAGAAGAUGAUAUUUAUAUCUGUUGCAUCAGCAGUGAUGGCCUUGUGCAGUUGCAGCAUGCCUUCUCAACAGGACGAACAGCUCCAAAAGCUCUUCCUCUGGGGAAUGUUUCUGACGUAAGAGCAUCAGUGCAGGAUGGGGUGAUCAGCUGUUCCUUCACCUCCAUGAACAGUAUUUCUCCUCAGUGGACUACUGGCUUCAACAGAACUUACUAUCUCAUGUUUGCCCAUGGACCCAGCAGCGAUGGAAGAAUCCAGUUCCAUACAGACACCUUCAUCAGCACUGACAAGGUGGACAUUUCCAGACCUCGGCUGGUCAGAAAAGCUGGUUGGCCUUAUAUCAUUAAAGCACAUGGAGCACUGAUGCUGAUUGCUUGGAUGACCACUGGAUCACUGGGAAUGAUGGUGGCCCGAUAUCUGAAAGAGGUGACCAAAAGACGGAAGCUGUAUGGCAAAGAUGUCUGGUUUCUGAUCCACCUUGCAGUGAUGAGUAUGACGGUAGCAGCCACCAUCAUCGCCUUCAUCCUCUCCUUCUCAUACGUUAAAGCCUGGUCUGGGGGAGCCCAUGCUGUGUUAGGCUGCCUGGUAAUGAUCAUUUCAUUCCUCCAGCCCAUACUGGCUCUACUGCGCUGUGGACCACAACAUCCACGGAGGUUUCUCUUCAACUGGUCACAUGCUUUAACUGCAGUGACUAUAAAAGCUUUAGCUGUGGCAGCCAUACUAACAGGCCUGAAGUUGACUGACAGCACUCUGGACCAAUUGCUGAUGAAAGUUAUGGGUGGUAUGGUUGGCUGGGAGGCUUUGUUCUACAUUCUGUUGGAUGUCCGUUUAAAAUGGAAGGUUAACAGUACAGACAGCUAGGUGACACCCAUCUCCACAGGAGGUCUCACCUCACACCUCAGUGAGACACAAGUCUCACAACUCGAUUGGACAGUACUUUUACAGUGACUCUGUGAUGUCACAGGCAUCUGUACAAGGUCUGCUCCCUCCAAGAUUUCUUCUUCUUCUUGCUCCAGCUGCUGUAGCAGCUGCACCCCUCUUUCUGGCUGGGCCUGGGACAGCAGAGGCCCAAACCCCUGCUCCAUAGCCCAAACCACUAAAGGGAGGGCAACUGA